AUUGGUCCCGCGCAUAGGACCAUUUAAUCGGUGUGGCCUGUGCGGACACCCAAAUCUUGAAGCUUGUGCUAAGCAAGGAAACCUACUAUCAACUUUUUCGGUUGUGUGGGCCGAAGUGGGCAGGGCCUCAAAUCGCCCAAAGUGAACCUUGAAUUUCACAUAGACACAAUCAGGAUGAUAUCUCAGCAGUUUUGCCGGCGCCCCACGCUGCCUUCUCGCAGCACGACCCUCGCUGCGCGGCCAGUGCGUACUGUACGCAUGCAGCUAUUUCGCCGUGAUGGCCCUGUCCUCGUCGAAGAGGGUGCUGUUGAGGAGCUAAAUCAGCCGACUAAGCGCCAGAGGGAACAGAUUAAGCGGACACUUCAAGAAUUGGGUUUCACGGAGCAGGCGGCUGAUAUUCUAGCAUACGGCAAGAUCACAAACUCCAACGCAGACCUGCUUAUCGGCGAUAUCCGCGCCUCGUUCGGCAUUUAUCAGGCUCCACCGCCCCAGGGACCCGUGGAGACCGUGCAAAACGGUGUGCAAGAUCUCCUGGAUCGUUUGCGUCUUCCGUUCUUGGGCCUGGUGCUCGCCGCGGGCCUCGCGGCUGCCUUCAGCCAGCGCCGUACGACUGUAUCGUACGACACCACUUUUCAAGUCCAUAAAGAGCUCCUGUCUCAAAUCCUGAAUACGGUCCUCAGAGUCAAGGAGCGUGAUUCCAGACAGGUCGGAGACCCCUUCAUCGCCCCUUACCUGGCGGGUAUCUACCAACGCCUGGGACUGGAGUACUCCGGGCUGCUGUGCUUCACACGGGUGACGCUGCUCUGGCGGCGAAUCGCCGCCGCCACUACCGCGGCGGCGGUGGCGGUCGCGGAGGGGGUUACAGCGCCACCAGGAUCAGAGACAGACGCGGCGGAGGCGGAGGCUGCUGCGGCGUCAGGGCGGCUGUUCGCGGCGCGUGUGGUGACCUUGGAUUGGCAUGUACAGCAACUACAUCGGGAGCUCGUCUUAGAGCCCUGGAAGGCGGCAGAUCUGCGCCUCAUGCUGAGUCGCGCAGCUGCCUACGCGGAGGGGCAGGCGUCCACAGGCCCGCUCACCAUCGCCGCCGCCGCCGCCGGCGAUGCCGCGUGCCGCCAUCCAGCCACCUGGGCAGCUGGCGGCCAUGGCGGCGGCGGUGGCGGCCUGACCGGCCCCUGGCUGCCCCGGCAUGCCAGUGCGCUCAUCGGUGGCGGCGGCGGCGGAGGAGGUGGAGGGCGUAUGGGCGGAUAUUCCCCCGGCGGCAGCGGCGGGUGCGAUGGAUCUUCAAAUUUUCUGCGGGCCUGGAUGCGGGCGCCGCUGGGCGCCGUACUGUUUUGGCUGAUGUGGCUGUGGUGUCCGACCAUGCUCGUGGCGCUGGAGGCGAUGCAGGCCGCACCCGACAAUCCUUGGAUGGCGCUGUACAUCUGCGUCAUCGCCACUUGCCGUACACUGGCGGAGUGGCGCGCCACGGCUUCCGUGGUGCUGGCGCCGGGCCUUACGCUGUCGCAGCGUGUGUACGGCUUGGCGGCGGUACACGUCGCCGUCGGCUUGGCGGCGGCGGUUGUGACGGGGUUGCUCAACACCUGGCUGCCGUUGCUGGGCCACGGCGCGGCGACGGUGGUCGUGUGGCUGCACCUCGUGGUGCUGCCCACUGUGAUGGUGGCCGUCCUGAGCGUGGCGGGCAUGCCGCAGGUGGCCCGUCAGCUAGCUGGCGGAGGCAGGGCACCCGCAGGCGCCGGCGGCGUUGACGGCGGCGGUGCCCGUCGGACCCGUCGUGGCAGCGCCGCUGCCGCCGCUGAUGUUUUGGGCCUGAUGCAAGGUCGCCGGCCUGGAUCUGGAGGCAUCCGCGACGGGGAUCGUGGGGGGCUUGGCAGCGGUGGUGGCGGUGACGGCGGCGGCGGCGGACGCGGCGGCGGGAGGGUUCAUAGCGGUGGCACGUCGGUGGCGGCGGCGGCGGCGGCGGCGGCGCAGGUUCACUGGCCGCCCGCCCUGGACGUACCCGCCUGGCUCGAUGACUGGCCCAACGCACCGGAGGCAUUUCGGUGCCCCAUCACGCAAUCGCUGAUGCGGGAGCCGGCCCAGGCCUCUUCGGGGGUGACGUACGAGCGACCAGCUAUCGUACAGUGGCUCGACCAUCGUCGGGUGGAUCCAGUUACCCACGUACCUCUCAAACGCCACCGCCUGGCUCCCAAUUUGAAUCUGCGGCACAUGAUCGAAGUCUGGGUGCAGGACCGUGUAGAGGCUCGGCGGCGACUGGCACAACGGCUGCGGGAGGAGCUCUCCACGGAAGCAGCGGCGAAAGCGGCGGCAGCCGCCGCCGCCGCCGUUGGUACCACUACAGCCACACCCCGUUGUAGCGCGGCGGCGGAGGCCGUAGCGUCUGCGGCGGAGGCGCUUGCCGCCGCCGCCGCCGCCUCAUUUGGACGAUCACAACCUCGAUCCGAAACCAUCGGAGCUACCGCCGCCGGUGCGGGAUCUGGAGCGGGCGGGGAGCACAGCGGCGACGCUGCCGUCGCCUGUACGGCAGUUUCAGGAGCUGCAGCAGCCGCAGGGGGAGCGGGAGCAGUAGCAUCCAGAGUAGAGUCUCCGGAAACGGCGGAGGUGGCGGACUCGAGGCCGGAAGGUUCCGUACGAACAACAUCUGUAGGCGUUAUAGCUCGCGUUGGCGACGUGCCAGGUGGCGGCGCUAAUGGCGGGGCAGGUGGCCUUGGCGCAGGCGCGAGCAGCGGGGUAGUGCAGGUGGAGGAGGUGGAGGCUUUGGCGCUGGCGGCGGCACGGGAGCGCGCAGGCCGCAGCCGCCGCCGCUGUCCCGGUGGCUUUGGCGCCGUCGGUUGCGACAAUGGCCGCGACGGCAGCGGCGGCGGUACGACACAUGUAUGUAGUCGUCACCGCCGCAGCGGUAGCGGAAUUGCCAACGGCAACGACGGCGGCAGCUGGUCCUGGUCUGCUGACGGCGCCGACGGCGUGGCCGAAGAAGUGUACGGCAACGACGGUUUGGACGGCGAGGACGCUGGCGCCAUGAGCACCGGCAGCGGUGAGAGUCCGUUUGCGGCGCCGCUUACACUUGCGGCUGGCGGUAGCGGCGCCGACGCUGAAGAAGAAAACGAGCUGGCGGCCGACCCACAGGCUAGCGUCAGCGCUGGCAUUCACGUUGGCGGCGGCGGCAGUGAUGUCAACUCGUACGUGUACGACAAUGGUUUCGGAUCCGACAGGGGAGAUCACGUCGCCGGAGCGGAACAGCGUAACCCUGCGGCAGCCAGCACCGCCGCCGACACCGACCUCCGCCGCCAGGAGGCCAGCCUCGGACACGGUCCAAGCUUUGGUCUGGUGUGGGACGGCGCGGAUCCGGAUAGCUCAGGCGUUUAUGGGGUUGACGGCAGCGGCGUCAGCACCACCGCCGCCGCCGCUACUGCCGUCACGUGA